CUCCUGUCCCCUCCAGUUCAGGCUAGGUCCUCUUCCUACAAUGGAGAGUAUGGAGGCGGUGGAGGCCAGCGAUUCUCCCAUUCUGGUUACCAGCUGGAGGGCCCCAUCACCGCCAUCCGCAUCCGGGUCAACAGAUACUACAUCGUAGGCCUCCAGGUGCGCUAUGGCAAGGUGUGGAGCGACUAUGUGGGUGGCAACCAGGGGGACCUGGAGGAGAUUUUCCUGCACCCUGGGGAGUCAGUGAUCCAGGUGUCUGGCAAGUACAAGUACUACCUGAGGAAGUUGGUCUUCGUGACUGACAAGGGCCGGUACCUGCCUUUUGGGAAAGACACAGGCACAAGUUUCAACGCUGUCCCCUUGUACCCCAACACCGUGCUACGAUUCAUCAGCGGCAGAUCUGGCUCGCUCAUCAAUGCCAUCGGCCUGCACUGGGACGCCUACCCCAGUGACUGCAGCAGUUGCUGAACUGCAGCCUUACCCUGGGCCGAGCACUGCAGCUGAGGUUCAGAACCGCCUUAUCACUAACCCCAUCUACAGGGUUCAAUUAAAAAAAAAAUAAAUAAAACGACCUAACUGAC